UCUGACUCGCUUUCUGCUCCACUUUUAUUUCUUUUCAUUUCAAACUCCAACAAUGAGGUGAAAUAUUGUUUCAUGGAGACCACCUUGUGUUUUAUUCUAUUGUUUGUCCUGAUAGUUGACCUGAUGUGUGCCAACACCAGUGUUCAGGCCUGUAGUGGAGCUAAACUAAACACUUUAACAUGCUGACAUAUUUCAUAGAACAGCUCAUUAGAUAAGAACUUCAGAGGGGAUUUAAUAUGUUCCCCUCCAUCUCAUUUAAUAAGCAGAUGGUUUGACUGCUCACAUAUCUGUUUAAAAUAACAGAUAAAGCCAGUCUGUAGAUCAACUGCAGCUUUGAACCACUGGGGGCAGCACCUCACCUCAUUUACUCACUAUAACAUCCAGGAAACCAAACUUGGAUUUGUUGUUUGUUGUUGAUAUUUUUGAUCAGGACUGUUUUAAAUCCCAGGGCAGCCAUACAGAACAAAAGAACAAUAAGACACUACUGAAUCCCCACAAACUGCUCAGUGUCUGGUCUGUAGCUGACAGUAACCUCUGACCUGACACAACAUUUCUGCACAUUUCAUUAGUCUGCAAAACAUUUUGACAAGAUGUGAGCAGCAGAAAGAAUAAAACUCCUUUAAUAUGUGAACAAAGUUGAGUGUCUCCCCGUCCUCUUACACAGGCUGAAGUAACAUCAUAUACAGGAGCAUCUCAAGAAAUUAGAAUAUCAUAGAAAGUUUAUUUAUGUCAGUAAUUCAAUUCAAAAAGGUGAAAUAACACAUUAUAUAGAUCCAUUACACACAGAAUGAAACAUUUCAUGUCUUCAUUUAUUUAAUUUAUUCUAAUUAUAAUGAUUAUGGCUUACAUUUAAUGAAGACCUGAAAUUCAGUGUCUCAAAUGUGAAUAUUGCAAAAAAAACAACAACAUAAAAAGUCUGUUUAAUGUGUAAAUGUUGUCCUCUGAAAAGUCAGUCAUCUAUAUGACUCAAUACUUGGUUGGGACUGUUUGACUUGAACUACUGGAAAUAGUCUUUUCUAUGAUAUUGUCAUUUAUUGAGACGCACAUAUACUUUCACUUCUGUUCAAAACCUGUCUCAGCCUGUUUGACCUAGAUACAAGUGACGUCAUGCUCAGAAUAAAUUCCCAUUGGCUCAGAUGAAGGUUUGUUCAGCGUCACCUCUUGUUUUGUCCUCAUUUCAACUCUGAUUGUGGAGCAGGAAGGAUGAUCUCUGUUUCUCUCUUCAGACAAACACACAAAGCUUCACUCUGGUAAAUCUUCAGACGGUCACAAUGCAGAUCUUUGCUGCUCUGGUUCUCCUGGGAACAGCCCUGCAUGGCGCUGCACCAAUGACUCACUCUAUGAUGAAUUUCAUCACUGGAUCGUCUCAAGUCCCAAACUUCCCAGAGUUUGUGGUUGUUGGUUUGGUUAAUGAGAUUGAGACAGAUCACUAUGAUAGUAACAGCAGGAAAUAUGAACCCAAACAGGAGUGGAUGAUCAGAGCCACAGAAGAUGAUCCUCAGUACUGGCAGAGGAACACUGAGAAUAGAUUUGGUGACCAGCAGCUCUUCAAAGUCAACAUUGAAGUUGUAAAGCAGCGCUUCAACCAAACUGGAGGUGUCCACAUUUUCCAGGUGAUGCAAGGCUGUGAAUGGGAUGAUGAGACUGAUGAGGUCAAAGGUUAUGAACAGUAUGCUUAUGAUGGAGAAGACUUCAUCUCAUAUGACCUGAAGACAGAGACAUGGGUCGCUCCAAAACAACAGGCUGUCAUCAGCAAACACAAGUGGGAUAAUAAUAAAGCUCUGAUGGCUCAGAAGAAGCACUACUUCACCCAGAUUUGUCCUGAGUGGCUGAAGAAGUAUGUGAAGUUCGGGAGGAGCUCUCUGCUGAGAAAAGACCUUCCCUCAGUGUCUCUCCUCCAGAAGACUCCCUCCUCUCCAGUCAGCUGCCACGCUACAGGUUUCUACCCUGACGGAGCCAUGAUGUUCUGGAGGAAAGAUGGAGAGGAGCUUCAUGAGGACGUGGACCUCGGAGAGAUCCUCCCCAACCACGAUGGAUCCUUCCAGAUGAGUGUUGACCUGGACCUCUCAUCAGUCAAACCUGAAGACUGGACCAGGUACGACUGUGUGUUUCAGCUGGUUGGUGUGAAGGAGCACAUCUUCACCAGACUGGAAGAAGAAAAGAUCAGGACCAACAGAGAGAAACCCACUGACAAGAACGGCAUCAUCAUUGCUGCAGUCGUUCUUCCUCUCGUCCUCCUCCUCCUCCUCCUCGCUGUGAUUGGAUUCUUAGUUUACAGAAGAAGAAUAACAGGAAGAUGGUGUUAGAAGAUACUCUGGCAUUUGGCAGUUGUGACGACUAAAACCAUGUGUGUGUUUUGUUUUUCAGCCAACUGUAAGUCAUCUUCUGAAAACAACUCUGAGUUCUCUGAGAAACUGAAUUCUGGAAAAGACAACCCUGAAGGCCAAACACACAACCCUGCACAAAGUGGGCUGCUUCAGGAGACAUGAACUUUUCACACCUGCUGUUAAACAAAGACGCCUUCAACUUUGUGUAAAACAACCUUCUGUCAUUGUUUCUUAUUCAGCUUUUGUGACACAAUCUAGCUUUGAAGAACAUAUUUGACUUUAUACAGAUUUUCCACAACAAAGUUUAGAUUUUAAUAAAAGUGUGAAGAGAAAGACACAGAUUCUUUCAGAAACCUUCACAUCAGCAGAUCAGAUAAAGUGUAAUAUUAAAAAGUCAAAUAUGAACCUGAAGAAAAACAGUGACACCAAGUCACUGAAACAGUGUUGAAAAAAAAUGAAAACAAAUAAUUUGUUUAAAAAGCAUAUUAGCUAAAUGCUUACAAAAUGUUCACACUAGUUAAUGAAUCAUGGAUAUUUGAGGUCUAAAUGAAGCUGUAAAUAUGAGGCUUUGUGGAAUUUUACUCUCCAAACCUCUAUGGUAAAUAAAUCAGAUUUUUAUAUAUAUAUUUUCUAU